AUGACAGACGACAAAAUGGUAGUGUUUGCUCGGCAAAUCUGUCGGGAGAAUGAAAAACCUCCGAAAAAGGAUACAGCAAUCGACGCAGUAAGGCUGGAGACUGCACUGGGUCAUAAGCAAGAGCUGUCGAGGAACUUCGGAUUAUGGAGUUUGACCAGUCUGGGGAUUGUCAUUGCAAAUUCCUGGGCUGCAACAGGAGGUACCAUUGUUGCGGCGCUCCAGAAUGGCGGUCCGAUGGCGGUAUUGUACGGUCUCAUCCUGGUCAGCAUCUUUUAUACGACCAUCUCUGCUUCCCUUGCCGAGCUCGCCUCGUCUAUGCCCUCUGCCGGAGGUGUGUACUACUGGUCGUCAGUACUAAGCCGCAGUCGCGGGAAGACGGCGGGAUUCUUUACAGGCUACUUGAAUGCUUGCGCGUGGUUGUUGUCUGCGUCCUCGAUGAGUUCCAUGCUGGGAAAUGAGGGCGUGGCCAUGUAUCUUCUCAACAAUCCAACAAUAAAGUGGCAAUCCUGGCAAGUAUUUAUUGUGUUCCAGAUCGUCAAUUGGACCUGCUGUGGUAUUGUGUGCAUGGGGAACCGGUUUAUCCCUCUCAUCAACCGCGUUGCCCUCAUUCUCUCGAUGUGCGGGCUGGUCACGACUGUGGUGGUUCUCACGGUGCUACCGAAGAAGCAUGCCAGCAAUGCGCAGGUCUGGACCGAGUACCAUAACAACACAGGCGGCUGGUCCGAUGGAGUGUGUUUCAUGACUGGGCUGUUGAAUGCUGCAUUCGCCGUUGGAGUCCCAGACUGUAUCAGCCAUCUAUCAGAAGAAGUGCCCAAGCCCGAGAUCAAGGUACCGCAAGGCAUAAUGCUGCAGAUGCUCACAGCCUUCGUGACAUCAUUCGUCUACCUGAUCGCCCUCUUCUACUCUAUCCAAGACCUCGACGCCGUCUUCCAAAGCAGCAUCGGCUUCUUCCCCACUGCCGAAAUCUACCGCCAAGCAACAGGCUCAAACGCAGGCGCCAUCGCUCUGAUCGCCGUGCUCUUCCUCGCAACCUUCCCAACCCUGAUCGGGACAUUCGUGACGGGCGGCCGAAUGUGGUGGAGUCUAGCGCGUGACAACGCAACGCCCUUUUCGAGCUAUUUCGCCCAAGUCCACCCGACAUUGAACUGCCCUGUACGUGCGACGGUCGCAAUGAGCGGGCUCGUCACUUGUCUGGGGUGUAUAUACAUUGGAAGCACGACGGCGUUCCAAGCGCUGAUCUCGUCGUUUAUUGUGCUUAGCUCGUUGUCGUAUUUUGGAGCUAUACUUCCGCAUGUUCUGUCUGGUCGGCGGAAUAUGGUUCCUGGGCCGUUUUAUAUGGGUCAGAACCUUGGGAUGCUGGUUAAUCUGGUUUCUCUCAUGUAUAUUGCUGUUACUGUGGUUUUCUUCUGUUUCCCCUUCGUCUUGCCAGUGACGGUUCAGAAUAUGAACUAUACCAGUGUGAUAACUGUGGGGCUGAUGGCUCUCACUGCUUUGUGGUGGCUCUUCCGUGGAAGGCGGCAAUAUCAUGGGCCGCAGUAUAGCUUUGAGGCUGCUGAGCGGUUGGCUGCUUUCCAGGAGGGUAAGGAAGGUCGUCGGUCAUUCAUUGAUACGGUGGAUGGUCAGCCCCAAGGUCAGGAAAAUGUUUGA